GCGGCGMGGGGGGCGGGGCCUGGGGCCGCGCAGCUCGCGCCGGGGUCCCCUUAUUUGGAUCUGCGGGAAUGUGGGCUGGAGUGGUCCUGCCACGGUACCAGUCUCCAGCCCGCCGUCGGGACUGCCCCUGACCCAGGCGCGCCCGCUGCUCGGUGGCAGGAGGGCCGGCGGAGCGCCAUGGCCUGCAUCCUGAAGAGAAAGUCUGUGAUUGCGGUGAGCUUCAUAGCUGCAUUCCUCUUCCUGCUGGUUGUGCGCCUUGUAAAUGAAGUGAAUUUCCCAUUGCUACUAAACUGCUUUGGACAACCUGGUACAAAAUGGAUACCGUUCUCCUACACGUACAGGCGGCCCCUUCGAACUCACUAUGGAUACCUAAAUGUGCGGACACAAGAGCCUUUGCAAUUGGACUGUGACCUUUGCGCCAUAGUGUCCAACUCAGGUCAGAUGGUUGGACAGAAGGUGGGAAGCGAGAUAGAUCGAUCUUCCUGCAUUUGGAGAAUGAACAAUGCCCCCACUAAGGGUUAUGAAGAAGAUGUUGGCCGCAUGACGAUGAUUCGAGUUGUGUCCCAUACCAGUGUUCCACUUUUGCUAAAAAAUCCUGAUUAUUUUUUUAAAGAAGCAAACACUACUAUUUAUGUUAUUUGGGGCCCUUUCCGCAAUAUGAGGAAAGAUGGCAAUGGCAUCGUUUACAACAUGCUGAAAAAGACGGUGGAUGUUUAUCCAAAUGCCCAAAUUUAUGUGACCACGGAGAAGCGCAUGAGCUACUGUGAUGGAAUUUUUAAGAAGGAAACUGGGAAAGAUAGAGUGCAGUCUGGCUCUUACCUCAGCACCGGGUGGUUUACCUUCCUUCUGGCCAUGGACGCCUGUUACGGCAUCCACGUCUACGGGAUGAUAAAUGACACCUACUGCAAGACAGAAGGUUAUAGAAAAGUCCCCUAUCAUUACUAUGAACAAGGAAGAGAUGAGUGUGAUGAAUAUUUUCUUCAUGAACAUGCCCCAUAUGGGGGACACAGGUUUAUUACUGAAAAGAAAGUGUUUGCUAAAUGGGCCAAGAAACACAGAAUAAUAUUUACACACCCAAACUGGACAGUGUCUUGAUGUUGGAUUUUCUGACCUUGCCACAUCACUUGUCCUGAUGGUGAUAUAACAAUUGUGAUGCUGGUGAUGCCAAUGACCAUGAUGGUGAUGAUAAAGAAGACAGCAAUGAUGUUCAAGUCCCUGUACAUUCUCCGAUAUGGAUGGUGACUCUGCUAGAAAUUUGAACCUGGUGGGAUUCCGUGGAGGGUGGUUGUACACAUUAUGUUAUUUCUGAAGGUUCAACACUACAUACUGCACUUUAUAAUUUAACUGGAAUUGAAAUGAAGGCCAGUGAUAUGACAACUGUGACUUAAGAAAUGGAAGAUUACCCUUCAAGAUAGCUGCCCAGAAUUCUUCAACAGUAACUUGUAAAAGUCAUGGAAUUUGACCUCCUGAAGAGAGAUUACUGAAUCUGUGGCCUCCGGAGCCUGGGCAGCUCCACCAUCUUGAAGAAUGGUUAACUGUCAAACACUGUCCCAAGAUAUGCUAUCAGGGUACAAGUAUCUUACUGCAGUUUACUAAUUAGCCUGAGGAAGGGAAGAUAUCUCUUUGAUUAUGACAUCUUCCCUCUUCCUGUGGUCCUUCCCAGAGCUGAAGCCUCAGGCCAUUACCUAAUUAGCAAUGAAGACGUCAAGGAAGUCUUACAGAUCAGGGUCACUUGACUGUCUCAACACUUAAUCUGAAAUGUACCAAGUAGCAAAUCUUGAGGAAUCUCCACUCUGACCACUUCAUGCUUACUACUCAAAACAAUAUAACUAAACAUAACAUCAGAAUUAGUGUUUAGUUAUUUUGGCUGAGUCCAAAAUAUUUGUGAAGGCUAUUUAACAUGUAAGAUACCAACUUCAACACUGUAAUAACAUAUACUGUGAAACUUUCCUAAAACGUAACCAAAGGGUUUCCUAACUCUGCUUCAACAUCCAGCAACACAAAAUUAUACGCUUUUUAAAAUCAUGAAACAGGGAAAGCAAAGCAUAUUUUUACAUCAAUUUGUAUCCUAUCAUACUUCAUAGUAUAUAUUUGUAUACUCAAAUUUCUAUUUUAUAGGCCCAAGAUGUGUCUUUCCAUACAUUACAGUAUCAUUGCCAAGUGCCAACUGUUAAACAUGGGUGAUUCCUUCCUUAUAUAACAUCUGAACAGAACUUUUGCCUUCUUGGGGUUAAUUUUCCCCAUAGUUUAUCAGUUGUUAUACCAUAAUAACAAUAAUGAUGACCUUAAUGUCCAAAGUGCUUUGUUGUUUAGAGUCCUUUCCAUAUCCUAUACCAUGUGAUGCCCGUGACCACCUCACUGAAUUAUCGCCUGCAAAUUCUGCCACCUCUUUUAGUAGUUGAUCUGUAAUUUGAUGAUUGUUCUGAUAUACACCGAAUUUCUCUACUUGCUAAUAUUUGCAUAGACUAGCAUUUAUAUAGAUUAGUAAUCAAUUGAUUUCAGUGCCAAAUACAAUAUAUUAUAUCAAGGUUAUGCAGAAAGUACCAUAAGGAUGGUCUUGGCCAUAGACUAAGACCCCUAUGAACUUAAGUACUUUUGAUUAUUUUCUUUUGUUUGUCUGUUUUUUUAAUUGCUGUAUUUAGAUGGGGAAAUAUGGGGAAUUAGGGACAAUAGAAAUGAAUGAAAGUAGAGAAAUAGUUUCCUAUUCUAGGUUUAAGAAAACUGUUCUCUGUAUUCUUGUUGCUCAUUAAAUAUUAGAGGGUUUAUUCGCUGAGACAGUAGCUAGGAGCCUAGAUACUUCCUUGCAGAAUGAUUUAAAAGACAAAAGCCAGGCUCAACUUAAAGAACCUUUAGGAGGCUGGAAGAAAUGAUGCAUUUCACCUCAGGAAGAGUUGGCAUGUAUUUACCAGUGCUAAAUAGAUGAGUUAUCAUUAAAAUAUGCUGACGUGGUAAAAGCCUCUCUCCUGCUCCUCUUCUGCCACUUGAUAACCCACAUCCAUAAAAAUACCCAAGCUCCAAUUGCAUCAUGGAAGUGAAUUGUUGUUCUUUGGUUGUUUCCCCAUAUGAUUUUCAGGUCUCUGAAUAUUAAGAUUUUUUUGAUGAAUAGAAA